AUGGAUCCAAAAAAUCAGACAAUGAUGCUUUACUUCGUUCUUAAAGGAAUUUCAGAUAUUCCAGAACUUCAAGCUUUGAUCUUCUUCUUGGUUCUUCUUAUAUAUCUAAUCACAUUCGGUGGAAACUUGACCAUUCUUCUCUUGGUGUUCUUGGACUCAGUGCUCCACACUCCCAUGUAUUUCUUCUUGUGUAACCUUUCUGUUUUAGACUUAUCUUCCAUCACAGUUACUCUACAUAAGGUCCCCUCCAUGUUUGUAAUGAACAAUAAUACUGUAUCUUUCACUGAAUGUAUGGUACAGGUGUGUAUUUUUUCAUGGCUCUCUGGCAAUGAGUUGAUACUACUAACAGCAAUGAGCUAUUAUCGCUACGUCGCCAUCUGUAACCCCUUGCGUUAUACGACUGUCAUGAACAAGAGAUUCUGUGCAUCUUUAGCGUUAUUCUGUUGGGCAAUUAGUCUUUUACAGAUAUUACCUCCCAUGGUUAUUCUAGCAAGGUUUAGUUGUUACACGUCUCAUGUCAUUAACCAUUUCUUCUGUGACAUCAUGCCGUUGAUUGAUGUUUCCUGUAGUGACACGUCCAUUUUACAAUUGCUGAUAUUCACCGAGGGGGUCCUUCUGUCAACCUUCACUCCAUUUCUUCUUACCUUCAUCUCUUAUGUGUUCAUUAUUAUUGCCAUAAUAAGAAUACAGUCUAGAAGUGGGAGAUCGAAAGCCUUCUAUACCUGUUCCUCCCACCUUACAGUUGUCGGCCUUCAUUACUCUAGUCUUGUCUUUCAGUAUUUGACUCCGAUUCGCACCUUCAAGUCCAAUAAAAUUUUGGCUUUGUUCAACACAGCCAUAGUUCCCAUGCUAAAUCCAGUUAUCUACAGCUUGAAAAAUAAAGAUGUAAAGUCAGCUAUUCAAAGAAAAAUCCACUAUUUUAUGACACAGACAACCUGUCUAUAA